AACUGUGUGUUACAUUUAGCAGAAGGGAGAGAAUCUAUAUCUGUGAGAGUUUCUUUGUUUGUGAUUGUGUGUGAGAGAGAAAGAGAACGAUUCUAUAUCUGUGAGAGUAUCUGUGUGUGUGUGUGUGUGUGUAUUGGGCUGAGAGCAGGUCCUCUGUGUUUGCCAGCUGAGCUCAGGUGACACACUGGAGGGCUAUUACAGCCUGUUGCCCUCUCCGGGGACCAUGAUGCCCUGCUGGUUCUGUGUGUGAGUGUGUGAGAGACAGCGGACAGCGAGCAGACGGCUGUCUGUGUCCUGCAGUGUCUGUGUCUCUCUUCUGCAGAGAUGGCAAAACUCAAAGUAAAACACUGGAUCAGAAUAUGUGUUGUCAUAGUAACACUGUUCCUUAUUCAUACACAAGUUAUAAGACAAAGCAACUUGAUCCGCACAGAGGAACGAGAGCUCCUGGUGUCAACAGAAAUCCCAGCAGAGCACAUUGACCCCGCCUCCAUAGAUCUUACUGGACUCGUCAACUCACUCAUCAAUGCUUCACAACCAGGUUCACAGCAUCUUUUCUCCUUACUCAGUGUGACGUCACACAGUUCACUCUCUCUCCAGAAGCUCACACUGCUGGUCUAUAAUAUCUCAGACUUUCAGGACAUUGAGAGCAGUGUAUUUCCCUUGAGAUACUGUUACUGUCUGACAAACAAGACCAAUGACCUCACAGAUUUCACAGCUAUUCUGCUGGAUGUAAUGGGAAACUCCACCAGUUCCUUGCAAGAACUAUUUAAGUCCAGCUCUAUCCUCUCUGUCAGUCAGAAGAACAGCUCUGACUGCAUCUAUAUCUGUGUCAUGGCUGGAAAGUCAGACAGUGAUCUGUCUCAGCUCUGGGACAUGGGCUCAGUCAGACCUCUGUUUAAUCAGACCAUCACAGAAGAAAUACCCAGAGGUAACAUGACAUUCCCAUUGCUACCCUUUGUAGUGUGGCAUGAUCUUCCAAACACCAGUGAACUGGUACUGUGGCUGAAACCCAGUACAGAUUCCCACAGGAGCACAGGAGGUAUUUUGACUAUUAAGGAGUUUGGUGUGCUGAAGCAGACAAAAAUGAGCCUUUUCAGAGACAAAAACUGCUUCAACAGCUUGAUUUUGUAUUAUUCCCACAGUACCAACCUCUACGCAGCUCCUGAAACUACUGUCACUGUGACGACCCCCACAACCUCAGCCACUAGUCAUCUCACAACUGCUGUGAUCACCCAGCCAAAAGCUGUAAUGGUAACCACAAAUACCAUCGCUCCAAUGAUGACCGUGACAAUUUCACUGCCAACGCAGAGACAAACAACUACGACAGGCAUCCAGCCGCUCUCUAAAGUAUCUCAUACAGAAAAACCAGGAUGUCCAUGGAGAAUAGAGCUAUUUCAUCAAGCAAGUGAGAAUGUGGACCUGAAAGAGACCCUUGAAGAGGAGCUGAUCUGGAGCAGGGUUACCAUCAGCUCAGUGAAGCUGCAGCCGUGUGUGCUUGAGCUGUGCAAGUUUUACACUCAGUGUGUGUGCAGAGGAUUCAGUCACAGAGCAGCAGCGUUACAGCGAUAUUGUGUGGAUAGUCAUCGCUGGUAUGAGAGACACACAGCAGAGGUCUGCAGUCGUAUGAGGAGAGUCACUUUUUCCAAAAAUCUGAAACAGAAAUGUCUGGCAAAAAUGUGUGUGAAGAUGUAAGACAAGACUUCAUUUGCGGGUGACAGACAUCUGAACCAUCUCAACUGAAAUUUAUGUACAGUAUGUUUAAGAGAAACUGGAUUUUGUUAAACAAUGAACUGCAUUGUUGUCAUUGAAUCUGUAUAGUCUAUGCAUCUAGUGUCUAAAUUGCACUUUGUCUCUCCUGAAUAUAAAUAAACCAAACAUAUUUACCCAUGUUUGAUUUUUGAUGUAGUGUUACUCUUACAAACACAAAAAUCAUCUGAAAGAAAUAAAUACCCCUAAAAUGGUGAACGAGUUCGGAGAAAUGUUCAUUAAAUAUUCAGUACUGAGAGGUAUCACUAAAA